UCCUUCCUUCCGCCUGUCAGGAAGUCUCCCUACUUCCCUAGCCCCUCCACCCUUCCACAAACUAAGUCUAAUUUUCUCUUUUUACUUCUUUCCAUGCCCACUCAUCUCUUGUUCAGCUCCGCCCACCUCUCUAGGCCCGCGUCUCCCUGGCUCCGCCUCUCCUUAGACUUCUCCCCUUAAGUCUCGCCUUCCCCUCUAUCUCUUCUGUGUUCUUUGCCAAUCACGCUGUGCCAGCGUCUCGCCCCGCUCCCGAACCCACACCGAGCCAAGCCUGUCCGCUGCCUCCCCUGCAGGCGGAGGACCUAGGGCUGCGGAAGUAUGGACCGUACGGCCGGUGGCUUCUCGGAGGAGCAGUUCCUGGAGGCCUGCGCCGAGCUCCAGGAGCCCGCCCUGGCCGGGGCCGACUGGCAACUGCUGUUGCAGACCUCGGGCAUCAGCAUCUACAGUCUGCUAAACCAGGAGACUGGACUUUGUGAGUAUAAAGUUUUCGGUGUCCUGGAGAGUUGCCCGCCAGCUCUGCUCGCAGAUGUCUACAUGGACAUAGACUAUAGAAAACAGUGGGACAAAAAUGUUAAAGAACUCUAUGAAAAAGAAUGUGACGGCAAGAUUGUGGUCUACUGGGAAGUGAAAUACCCUUUUCCCAUGUCCAAUAGGGAUUAUGUCUACAUCCGGCAGCGGCGAGAUCUGGAUGUGGAAGGACGGAAGAUCCAUGUGGUCCUGGCUCAGAGCACCUCUGUGCCACAGUUCGCCGAGAGGCCAGGAGUGAUCCGGGUGAAGGGGUACAAGCAGUGCCUGGCAAUCGAGAGCGAUGGCAAGAAGGGGAGCAAAGUUUUCAUGUAUUACUUCGAUAACCCGGGUGGCCAAAUUCCGUCCUGGCUCAUUAACUGGGCCACCAAGAAUGGAGUUCCUAACUUCUUGGAAGACAUGGCCAAAGCCUGUAAGACCUACCUCAAGAAAAACUAAGAAAGGCAACUGGGAACCUUGUGUCCAUGGAAUAAUGUCUCCAGAAGUGCCACACCCCAUGGACGCUCAGCCUUCCUUUCGCUUUUCCCGUCUUCAGAGGCCGGCAUACUCUCUGGCAUAUCGGCUCGGAGCGUGCGUAUGCCUGACGCCCGGCUUCCUUCCCCACUCUCCCCACCCCAGGACCGGCUGCCUUCUUCUACUAUGGAAAAUGGGUCACAUUAGGGAAACUUCUGCUUGUUUAUUUUUAAAAAGGGAAGUCCUCAGUAAGGAACACAAUCAUUCCAUUGUGUCAUCUUAGGGGGAUGGGCGGGUAGAAGAGUGACAACAAAAUGUAAGAAUGACUGAUCCUAGCAAACUGGAUCCUGCUCAGAAUGUGAUUUCUUGCAACUCAGGCGGGGUUGCUGGAAGUUGCAUUCCCAGCAGAGCUGACUCUCAGUGCACCAAGACUGGAAGACUAUGUGGAUGUCCAUUUGCCUUAAGCUUUGGUGACUUGAUUUGGCUGGGAUUUGAAGUGAUAAUUCAAAAAGUCUCUUCCUAUUCCUGCUCAUGGAGGAUCACAUGCUGUUUUGAUUUCAAACCAUUCUGUAAAACAUUAUAGGCCUGACCUAGUACAUAAUGUGAAUAACAUGUGUUUCUCUUUCCUGUAUGCCACUGGGGAAAGGCCGUCCAUACCUCACUAGCUCUGCAUUUUAUUGGCAAUUGAGGCAUCAAGAUGGUGCUGGUAGUUAGCACUAGCCAAGAUGCUUUGCACACAGCAUUGUGAUAAAGUGUCUUUAUAUGCAAUAAGGUGAGUUUCCCUUAUAGAAUACUUGGAGAUGUUGACAAGAGUCCACACCAGGGAAAUAUUAAUUAGUGGCUGGGUUGACUCUAUACUUUUUUCUCAGGAAUUCUACCUAAGUUGUCUGCCUCCUCCACUACCAAAAGACUACUAGUUUCCUGUAUUUUCUCCUGAAUUUUGGUAGGGCAAGAUAUUCUGUGGCACAGCCUUGAUGAUCUCAGGGAAAAUUUUUAGUUACUGUGUACAUGUGAUAGUACCAAACCUUGAUUAAUGGGCAUAGAAAUUCAGGAUGUAAACCCAGAGCAGGGGAUUUAUUAAAAUGGGAUACCUCAGAUUGUAUGUUUUCCCUCUGGGAAGGAAUGUGUAUUAAAUACUGAAUAAAUACAGAAUGGCUUACA